AUGGUUUGGUUAAAAAUCAUUGACUCCAGUCCUCUCGAGAAGGUGCCAGUUACAUGCGUGUGUGAUGACCGACUGAACGCCAGUCUCACUCUUGAAGGAGGAGCUGUCAAGGACAUACCUCAGACAGGAGACCAAUGUUUCCCAUUACCAGAAAAUGUCCACGAACAGAUCAAGCAGAUCGCCCUUGUUCCAAUAACCAUUCUCAUCCUCGGCUGUAAUUCCGGAGUACUUUGCCUGAUUGCGGCCAACAAAAUCUUCCGUACGCCAGCCUACCUUCUUAUUGCCAACCUUGGGCUGGCAGACCUGACAGUGGGCGUUGUCAGUGUUGGUACCAUGCUGACCAGAGCUAAGGAGGAAACGCUGGACUUGUGUCUGGUCAGGAUAGGAUUCACAGUAGCCUGCUGUGUCUGCUCUCUCAUCUGUCUCAUGUGUAUUGCCAUCGAGCGAUUUAUCGCCAUCACGUAUUCGCUGACAUACAGACAGACAGUAACGGCCUGUAAGGUAACUGUCGUCAUUUUACUGUCGUGGUUCGUGUCACUUGUGGUCGGGUUUGCUCCUCUGAUAGGAUGGAAGAUCCAAGAUUAUCAUAACUACUGUUCCUUUCUGUAUGUCCUUCCAUCAGACUAUAUAAUAUUCUUGUUUUCCUCUUGUGUUUUGUUGCCAAUAAUAGUCACAUUUACUAUGUAUGGACAGAUUUACAAAUAUGCCAGACGCCAUAUCAAAAGAAUUGAAGCCAUCGAAAACCUACACUUGGAUCGAAGAAAUAACAGAAUUUUCAGAUUUUCUCCCAGAAAUUUGAAAUCACUUAAAACAUUGUUGGCAGUGUUUGGUUGUGUAAUCGUCACUUGGCUUCCGUUUUUACUUGGGACGAUCACACAGGUCAUUUCUGGCUAUACGACAUGCUUCCUAAAGGACAUAGUAGGAACCCACCUACUGUUACUGGGCUUCACCAACUCGUUCCUCAACCCAUUGAUAUACGCGAUGGGCACUAAGGAUUUCAGAGACAAAGUCAGAGAAACGUUCGGUCGUCGAACCAGUUGUAAUUCUCCAUAA